GAGUUGCUUUCUUCACAUAUACGAAGACAUUUGUUCCACUUUCUACGAAGUAGAUUGUCAGGCAUACUUUAAAAUUUUUUUCACUUGUCUAGAUGCACCUUUGCAUUCGAUAAACUCGAAUAUUCGGCCAUCUUCUGGGGUGUGCACAUUUCCACCAGAUAGUCUCUUUCCUGAUCGAUUUAUCUUGCGUGCUAUAGGACAAAAACUGUAUUUGGAGGAGCGAUCCUUGUGUCGCACUGUUGUCAAUAACACUUUAUGCUUGGAUUUCUCGCGAACAGCAAUUCUACCGGGUACUUCAGUCGCUCUAUUUGAGCAGGGUAUUCUCUGUAUCGUCGUACCAACUCAGUCGACUGUUCACAGAUUCUUUGCAAAGCUUGUAUUUGAUCCUGCAGAAAUGACUGCCAAAGAGGUUAUAUUUAUUGUUAAUGGGGAAGUUGUGUUACAGAGGUGCGAAAGAUUUACGAAAAGUAAGUGUUGUUUUAAUCUUCAUUUAGUCGUCGUAUUUCUAGCGGCAAGAGCGCAGUACGAGUACGCCUUUGUUUUGCGAACACAAACAGAGCAGACACCUGAAAUUCUACGUCGGCGACGGGAUGCUUUGGCUGUCGCAUCGAUGCUUCUAGAUCUUUUGCCUAAAGAGGAUCGAUUUCUGUCAUUCCCUCAAGAAGUUUGUUUCUUCUUUACUAUACUUUGGAUUUUGAAGUAUUACCGGAGGUACACUGGUUUAAAUUUUAGACUCAUUGAGGAGUGGAUAAUUGCAAAUGCUAGAGUUGCAUUGUUAGAAACGGGAAAAGUGCCGCCGUGUGAACCAAAGGAAAUCGUCGAGAAUUUAAUUAGUAUAAAAAGCUAUGAUGUAGCUUUUGAUGUCUGCAGGUUAAACGUUGUUUUUGGAAUUACUACGCAUUGUAAUGUGUCCAUGUGCGACUUGUUGUAUGCCGUCACUCGUGAAUCUAUAAUGGUUGAUGCGGAUCAACCUAACGUUCCUCCAUCUUGGGUACAAGUAAACCAGCGUCAUUCAGAAAAGGUCUCCCAAGCUGAGGAGAAAAAUCAUUGGUCAAUUGUCCGUGGAAUGAUGGCAUGUGUACAACGUCUUUGGCCUGCUGACUGUCGUCCAUUGAGGGCUAUAACACGAGCGUUUCUGAGCCACAACUUGCCGGUACCGUGCUGGCUAGACGCAGAAUAUGCACGUGAUAUCGGUGGUUAUUUGCGGUGUCUGAUUGACUACGGUGCUUUUUCCCAUGCCAUAAAACUAGCAACGAACUCCGUCGAUGAGGAAACAAAGAAAGUAUGCUUUGUUUUCCAUAUUUACUAA